CGCACGCGCAGAAGGGGCAGCGUCUCUGGCCGCGGCUGCCGAGCGAGAGCGCCUGGGUCUCUCUUUCUGUCUAUAUAGACGUCUAUAUAUAUAUGGGGGAGAGAAGAUGGCUCCCUUCCCUGAGGAGGUGGAUGUUUUCACGGCCCCGCACUGGCGGAUGAAGCAACUCGUCGGGCUUUAUUGUGACAAGCUUUCUAAGACCAACUUCUCCAACAACAAUGAUUUCCGGGCUCUCCUUCAAUCCCUAUAUGCUACUUUUAAGGAAUUCAAAAUGCAUGAACAAAUUGAAAAUGAAUACAUAAUUGGAUUACUUCAGCAACGCAGCCGGACUGUGUAUAAUGUACACUCAGACAAUAAACUCUCAGAAAUGCUUAGCCUCUUUGAGAAAGGGUUGAAAAAUGUGAAGAAUGAAUAUGAACAACUAAACUAUGCGAAACAGCUAAAGGAGAGGCUUGAAGCUUUUACCAGGGAUUUCCUUCCUCACAUGAAAGAAGAGGAGGAGGUUUUCCAGCCAAUGUUGAUGGAAUAUUUUACUUAUGAGGAAUUGAAAGACAUAAAAAAGAAAGUAAUUGCGCAACACUGCUCCCAGAAGGAAGCUGCAGCAGAAAUACGUAGAGGUAUUAGUCUCUGGAAUCAAGCUGAGGAACUGCAGAAAGCUUUUAAAUAUUCUGUGGAUGAAAAAGCAGAUCAAGGUGAAGAAACUGAAGAAACAGGGCAAACCACCAAUAUUGUUGAUCUUCCUUCUGAGGUUGUGCUGACUAUUUUUAGUUACCUUAGCCCUCAGGAGUUGUGUCGAUGCAGUCAAGUAAAUAGCAAAUGGUCUCAGCUGGCUAAAACUGGAUCUCUUUGGAAACAUCUUUACCCCGUGCACUGGGCCAGAGGAGUCUGGUCCAGUGGCCCACCAGGUGACCUUGAUACAGAUCCUGAUGAAGAAUGGGUAAAAAACAGAAAAGAUGAAAGCCGUGCUUUUCAGGAAUGGGAUGAAGAUGCUGAUAUAGAUGAGUCUGAAGAAAAUGUGGAAGAAUCCUUGGCUAUCAGCAUUAUUCAAAAAGAAAAGGACUUUCUUCAGGGCUUAAUUCAUAAUGUUCUCCCACGUGUAGGCACCUCAGUGAAAACAAUUGUGCUGGCUUACAGCUCAGCCAUAUCUAACAAAAUGGUCAGACAGAUCUUAGAACUCUGUCCAAACUUGGAGCAUCUUGAUCUCACUCAAACUGAUAUUUCUGAUUCUGCAUUUGAAAGUUGGUCUUGGGUUGGUUGCUGCCAGAAUCUCCAGCAUCUUGAUCUCUCUGGAUGUGAGAGAAUCACAGAUGUGGCUGUAAAAAAGAUUUCCAGAGCCUUGGGUAUUUUGUUACCCAAUGAAGCAGGAACUCCGAAAAGUUAUCAAAACAGGAAUGGAAAAACUGUGUGGAAAAGCAAAGACAUUGCCAUGCAGACCAGCAAAAAUAACUGUAGUUUGCAUGAUAUUGCAAAUGAAAAUUUGAUUAAAGGAGAAGGAAAUGAAAGCCAUUGGAUUGCACCUGUCAGAUCAGAGAGCUUUAACUCUGCCUAUAUCUGGAUGUUAGAUGCGGAAGAUCUAGCAGAUAUUGAAGAUGCUGCUGAGUGGAAACACAGAAAUAUUGAAGGAGUUUGUGUGGUAGAACCUUCAUCAAAUUUCACUUGUUCUGCAUCAUGCUGCAGCAAAGACAUUUUUGGACUAAGGACUAGUAUUUGCUGGCAGCAGCACUGUGCUCCUGCCUUGACCUACUGCGGUCACUCUUUCUGUUGUGCUGGGACAGCUUUAAGAACUAUUCAGGCACUCCCAGGAUCCUCUGCACUAUCUAAACAUGCACCAAGGACUAGUAAACAGUCAGAGGGGAAAGACUUUGCAUACUUCAGGAGUGCAAAAUCAGACCAUGAGACAGCGCGAGUUCUUCAGUUCCUCAGUCUGUCAGGAUGUUACCAGAUAACAGACCAUGGUCUCAGGAUGCUGACUCUGGGAGGUGGGCUCCCUCAUCUAGAACACCUCAAUCUCUCCGGUUGCCUGACUGUAACCGGUGCAGGCCUGCAGGAUUUGGUGUCUGUAUGCCCUUCUCUGAAUCCUGAACACUUUUACUACUGUGAUAACAUUAACGGUCCUCACGCCGAAACCGCCAGUGGAUGCCAGAACUUGCAGUGUGGUUUCAGAGCCUGCUGCCGCUCUGGUGAAUGACCUGACUACUUUCCUUUUCAGUCUACUUCAUUAGCUCAGCAGGCUUCCUUUCAUGCACUUUACUUACAGUCCGCAUCUUGUGUUAACAGUUCCCUUCUGAAGUGCAAAUUGUAGGUCCUUUCUGCCCCAUAACUCAGAAUCUUAUAAGCAAACUGUGUAGUGUCACACCAUUCUCACAAUGUUUCACUCUGAUUUCAGAAGGUGAGAGGUUUAAUUCUUUGUGCCGUGAAACUUACUCGGAUUGUUUUGACACUUUCCCCCUAAUGUUUGGCACUUAAUAUUUUUAUUUUGUGUUUUGUGCUAAGCCCUUAAGAUUAUUAUUUUUUAAGCUCAUGCUUCAAUAUAAAUAUUAAAUACAUCUGGAUAACAAUAUAUAUUGUUCAGUAGUGAUUUCUCCCAUAACUUCUGAUCCCAGAAUUGUCUUACUGCAGAAUUACAGAUACUUUGUCUUAGCACUGACUUCAUAUGUUAUAAGCUUAAAGAACAGUAAAUGAAACAUUCCCAUCAGCAUCUGAGUUUGUUAGAGUCUGGAUAAGUUAGCUAGCCAAUGACUGUUUGCCACAUCUUUUUGUGGGCUUCACAAAGUAUUUGCUUAACUGUAGUUGCAUAGCAACCAGGACCCUCUGUAUCGUCUAUAGAAAUUCAUUAAAGAUGCUGAAUUCUGAAAGGGACUUUCCAAGAAGUGAUUUCUCUGCUGUAAGAGCAACUGAAAUAAAUAAAUUUUCAGCUUUAAGGAA